AUGGCCGACGGCAUUAAACAGACCUUUGCCAGGUGCAAAGAGCAGAAACGUGCUGCUCUGGUGGCCUACAUCACUGCUGGGUAUCCGACCGUGGAGGAGGCGGUUGAUAUUUUGCUUGGUUUGGAGAAUGGUGGUGCUGAUAUCAUUGAGCUCGGCAUCCCAUUCACUGAUCCCAUUGCCGACGGCCCCACAAUCCAAAAGGCCAACACCAAGGCUCUCGAUAACGGCGUGACGGUCACCACGGUACUGGAGCUUGUCCGCACUGCCCGCCGCCGUGGCCUGAAGACCCCGCUGCUCUUGAUGGGCUACUACAACCCCCUCCUGCGCUAUGGCGAAGAGCGUAUGCUGCAGGACUGCAAGGAGGCCGGUGUCAAUGGAUUCAUCAUGGUCGACCUGCCACCCGAGGAGGCUGUUCGAUUCCGUGACCUUUGCGCCAGUACUGGCCUCUCUUACGUGCCGCUCAUUGCCCCCGCUACCUCUGAUACCCGCAUGAAGCUGCUUUGCAAGAUUGCCGACUCGUUCAUUUAUGUUGUUUCGCGCAUGGGUGUCACCGGUGCCACCGGCAAGCUCAGCUCAAAUAUCCCCGAGCUCUUGGGCCGUGUCCAUGAAUACUCCGGUAAUGUCCCCGCUGCUUUGGGUUUUGGUGUCAGCACGCGCGAGCACUUCCUCUCUGUGCAAUCCGAGGCCGAGGGUGUGGUGAUUGGAAGCCAGAUCAUCACCGUUGUUGGCAACGCCCCUGCCGGCCAAGCAGCCAAGCAGGCCGAGGAAUACCUCUCCGGCGUCACUGGACGCAAGCGCGAGCGUGACGAGCAGGGUACCUUGACUCGUGAGGUCAACGUGCUCGAGGCCAUUGAGAAGGCGCAGGCGCCGGCGGAGUCGCAACCCACCAAGGUUAUCACCGAUGCUGACACUCCCUCGGGACCUGGCCUGGGUGACCAGCUCGAGGCUCUGAACGUCACGAAGGACCCCUCAGCGCAGCCGUCUCGCUUCGGCGAAUUCGGUGGUCAAUACGUCCCUGAGUCCCUGAUGGACUGCCUGGCCGAGCUGGAGAAGGGCUUUGACGAGGCGCGCAAUGAUCCCAAGUUCUGGGAAGAGUUUCGCUCUUACUACCCCUACAUGGGCCGUCCCAGCAGCCUGCACCUGGCUCAGCGAUUGACGGAGCACGUUGGUGGUGCCAACAUCUGGCUGAAGCGUGAAGAUCUCAAUCACACCGGUAGCCACAAGAUCAACAAUGCCUUGGGUCAGAUCCUGAUCGCGCGUCGCUUGGGCAAGACGCGCAUCAUCGCCGAGACCGGUGCCGGCCAGCAUGGUGUCGCGACCGCUACAGUGUGUGCCAAGUUCGGCAUGAAGUGCACUGUCUACAUGGGCGCGGAGGAUGUGCGCCGUCAGGCUCUCAACGUCUUCCGGAUGAAGCUUCUCGGUGCUUCCGUCGUGGCUGUAGAUGCCGGCAGCCGUACGCUGCGCGACGCGGUUAACGAGGCUCUCCGCGCGUGGGUUGUUGAGCUCGACACCACGCACUAUAUCAUCGGUUCCGCCAUUGGCCCGCACCCCUUCCCGACCAUUGUCCGCACCUUCCAGUCCGUUAUUGGUGACGAGACCAAGGAGCAAAUGCGUGAGGCCAUCGGCAAGCUCCCUGAAGCGGUAGUCGCCUGCGUGGGUGGUGGCAGCAACGCUGUCGGCAUGUUCUACCCGUUCUCGAAGGAGCCCAGCGUCAAGCUGGUCGGCGUCGAAGCCGGUGGUGAUGGCAUCGACACCGCGCGCCACUCCGCUACGUUGUCGGGGGGCUCCAAGGGUGUCCUGCACGGUGUCCGCACUUAUGUUCUCCAGAACGAGCACGGCCAGAUCUCCGAGACUCACUCCAUCUCCGCUGGUCUCGACUACCCGGGUGUUGGCCCCGAGCUGAGCGCCUGGAAGGACUCUGACCGCGCUACCUUCAUUGCUGCCGACGACGGCCAGGCUCUGACGGGCUUCCGCGCUCUUGCGCAGCACGAGGGUAUCAUUCCCGCCCUGGAGUCGUCGCACGCCGUCUAUGGUGUGAUGCAGCUCGCAAAGUCUAUGAAGCAGGGCGAGAAUGUCGUGCUAAACCUCAGCGGCCGAGGCGACAAGGAUGUGCAGAGCGUUGCCGACGAACUGCCUCGCUUGGGUCCCAAGAUUGGCUGGGAUCUGCGUUUCUAA